AUGGCAUGGAUUUCUUUUCCAAACUUGUUGCCCACGUAUUUUGUAAAGGAGUGCUUGUUUUCUUUGGCUUCAGCAGUAGGAACUCCUUUGCAUUUAGAUUUGGCCACUGUCAACAAGACUAGGCCAAGUUGUGCUAGAGUUAAGGUAUUGGUGGAUUUACUUGAGGAUUUGCCAAAAAGAGUUCGUAUGGAUAUAGAAGAUGAAGCUGCAGGUACUGUCAGAACUGAAUGGGUAAAGAUACAAUAUGAUUAUAUACCUAAAUACUGUAAGGAAUGCAAGUUGCAAGGACAUAAUGAAGAAUCAUGUUGGAGACAACAUCCAGAACUUUUUGUGGCGCCUG